AUGAGUUCUGACCGAGAGGAGUAUGACAUGGUCUGUCAGAAAGCUGUGACCCUAAUUGUUGACCUCUGCCUGCACAACAGUGCGCUACUUGAUCAAGAUACCUGUCAGGAUUUCCUCUUCCUGCUGUCCAGCCAGAGCUCUGAUCAUAAAGAACCAGCAUCAGACGUUACUUUUGGCCUCCUGCUCGGUGUGUUUGUGGUCUGUGGCCUGGCCCUGCUGGGCCUCCUUGCCUUUGCCUCCUGGAAGCUGUGCUGGGUUCCUUGGCGGAACAAGGCCCCGUUCUCCAGUUCGGCAGCCCUCACCCCAGCCUGUGGCCCAGAGCACUGCACCCUCCAGCCGCCUCUCCUCCUGCCCAGUCCCCAGCAGCCCCUGGUCACCAUGGCGACGGAGAAGGUGAAGGACCCCAUUGGCUCUGUGGGUUUCUUGGAGGCAGCGGUGAAGAUAAGUCAUACCUCUCCUGACAUCCCCGCCGACGUGCAGCUCUCCAUGAGGGAGCACUUCCUGCGCCGCACGCAGCGCAUGCAGAGGCAAACCACCGAGCCUGCCUCCUCCACCAGGCACAGUUCAUUCAAAAGGCAUCUACCCAGGCAGAUGCAGGUAGGGAGUCUGGACCUGGGAAAUGACUAUGUCGUGGACAAAGAUGAAAAGCCCACCAGCAUUGGGCGCAUCCAACCGGAGCUCUACCAACAGAAGACCCAGGAGUCUGAGGACUCAUCCAAGAACGGCAGUGCCAAGAACUGUGGCCGAAUUAACUUCUCCCUCAAGUACGACUACGAGAACGAGGCCCUCUUAGUCAACAUUCUCAAGGCUGUGGACCUGCCUGCCAAGGACUUGUGUGGCAGCUCAGAUCCUUACGUCAAGGUCUACCUGCUGCCAGACCGCAAGAAGUUCCAGACACGUGUCCAUCGAAAGACGCUCAACCCCACAUUCAGUGAGAGCUUCCAGUUCCCUGUGCCUUACGACGAGCUGGCUGUCAGGAAGCUUCAUAUGAGCGUCUUUGACUUUGACCGGUUUUCACGGCAUGAUAUGAUUGGAGAGGUGGUGGUGGAAAACCUGUUUGAAAUGUCAGACCUGUCCAGGGAGACGGCCAUAUGGAGUGACAUCCAAUACGCCACCACUGAGAGUGUUGACCUUGGCGAGAUCAUGUUCUCGCUAUGCUACCUGCCCACUGCAGGCAGACUCACACUCACUGUCAUCAAGUGCAGGAACCUCAAGGCCAUGGACAUCACUGGAUACUCAGAUCCUUACGUCAAAGUGUCGCUCAUAUGUGACGGGAGACGCUUGAAAAAGAAGAAGACUACCAUAAAAAAGAACACCCUGAAUCCGACGUACAAUGAGGCCAUCAUCUUUGACAUCCCUCCGGACAGCAUGGACCACGUCAGCCUGCACAUCUCUGUCAUGGACUACGAUUUGGUAGGUCAUAAUGAGAUCAUUGGUGUGAUGCGUGUUGGGUGCAACGCCGAGGGACUUGGCAGGGACCACUGGAACGAAAUGCUGGCAUAUCCGCGCAAGCCCAUUGCCCACUGGCACCCCCUGCUGGAGUCCAAGAAAUCUGAAAAAGAGUGGAAAGCGAGGACGGCCAGCUUUGACAGCCAAGGCUCUUGCCCCUCUCCAAGGCCCCCCGCUAGUCCCUGA